AUGUGGAACAACUUCUUUGUGCCCCAAGACGAAGAGGGCCGCGUGGGGGCGGCGGCCAGCGGCCAAGGCGGAGGUCUGGCUGCCUUGAAGGGCGGCCGCGCUCACAGGCGGAGCCAAAAGAUGAGCGACAGCCAGGACGGCAAAAUCAAGCUGGCCUUCCUGGUAUGCGCGAUGGGCGUGACGCUGACCGUACUAGGUGUGGGCACGGAAUUUUGGGUGGAGUUGGCGCAGCCCAAGAACUUUGACGGCAACCACACGUGCCAGAUGGCGCACUACGGCCUGUGGAAGGCGUGCGUGCACACCCUGUGGGUGGCCGACGUGGACCCCGAGAGGACCAGCUGUGGCCCCGCUGAACUACCAGGAGAAUCCAACUGCACCUAUUUCAAAUUCUUCACUUCGGGGGAGAACGCUGUCAUGUUCAAGAAGACAACAAACAAGAAUUUCAAUCUAGCGGCGGCCAUCUUGGCUCUCCUCAGUCUGACCAUGAUGGUGACGGGCUCCAUUUGCAUCCUCAUGACACUCAGCAAAGGCGUUUCCUUCUUUCUCAAGCCUGCGUCCUUCUGCUUCAUACUCUCAGGGAUCCUGGUCCUCGUCUCCAUCCUGAUGUUCCACCAGUCUGUGCUGGCCUUGCUGUCCAGCGACCGCUCCAUCCCGCUGCACCACCAACUGUCCUGGUCCGCGGCCUGCGUGGGCUCAGCGGGGGCCAUCCUGAUUUUCGGAGGCCUCCUUUUCGUCAUCCUUUCACUUCCUGUCAGUUCUUGCUUGCCACUCAAGAACAACACCACCUGA